AUGGUGCUAACGAAGAAACCAACAGCACCACGGGGAGCACUGAUUCCAGCAUUACAACAGCGCAUUUUGUUGGAAGAAUGUAUUUCAUCAUCCAGAUCCCUCGUGCAGCCUAACCAAGAAGUCAACGAUAAAAAUCAAAUAUUGGAAAAACUAAAGACCAUUGUGGCACCUCUGCCUGACGGAACCUCGACAUUAUUCCGACAGCAGCCCAUCAAGCUAGGCCUUGAAGCGGAGCCUUUUGCCAACCAACAAUAUCUUCAAGGCAACGUGGUUCGAGUCGCAAUGAACCUCUACACCUCCAACUUGAGACUCGAAAACGAUCUACCGAGUUAUACUGUGACGGAUCCCGCUUGGAAAAAAUCUUACAUACGACAAAACGAUGGAUUGCCCGACAUUGCCAAAGUCUUGCAAGCAGAUAUGGAUUUGCGAGACCUGUACCGAAAUUCCAUCGUGACGUACUUGGAUGAUGCUUCCGCCGAGUUGUACUCCAAUGACGUUGAUUUCGUCGAACUGAAUCAACUGCUCGUGCAAGCCGCAGAACAGUUUGAUCUCUGGUUGGGACGCAUCGAUGAUGCCGAAGUAAAGGUAGAACUUCAAUCCGUCCUAGAAGGCAAGACACCAAAGAUCUACAAAUCAUAUUAUGCAGGAUUUGUACCACCAAAGUAG